AUGAUUCCUUUUGCUGGACAGCAACUUCCUCGUGUCAAUCAGGAUACACGUUUGAACUACAGAGUUAAUGAACUUCAAACUUCUGCUAAUCAAGGGAUUAUCCGCAUCCGAAGCCAAGUUUUAAAUAUAUUCAGGCAGUUAUUGCUAUCUGAGGGUUUUGUUGAAAUCUGCACCCCGAAACUGACAGCAGGCUCUAGUGAAGGUGGUUCUGCUGUUUUUAAGCUUGACUACUUCGGGCAACCUGCAUGUCUGGCCCAGUCUCCUCAACUUCACAAGCAAAUGGCAAUCUGUAGUGAACAAGGACGGGUUUUCCAGAUCGCUGUUUUAAGAGCUGAGCAUUCCUACACUCAUUGGCAUUUGUGUGAGUUUACGGAUCUUGAUGUUGAAAUGAGCAUUAAGAAGCACUACUCUGAGGUGAUGGACCUUGUGGGCCGAUUAUUUGUUACAAUAUUUGAUAGUUUGAAUGAAAGGUGUGAGAAGGAACUUGAAGCUGUGGGGAGGCAGUAUCCCUUUGAACCUUUGAAGUACAAGCCAAAAACCCUGCGACUUACAUUUGAAGAAGGAGUUCAGAUGCUGAAGGAUGCUGGUACGUAAGUUGAUCCUCUUGGGGACUUAAAUACAGAAGCGGAGAGAAAAUUGGGUCAGCUAGUUUUGGAGAAGUAUGGUACUGAAUUCUAUAUUCUGCAUCGCUAUCCUUUGGCUGUAAGGCCAUUCUACACCAUGCCUUGCUUCAAUAAUUCCCUUUAUAGUAAAUCAUUUGAUGUCUUCAUUCGAAGGGAGGAGAUAAUUUCAGAAGCCCAGCGUGCCCAUGUACCAGAGAUGUUGGAAGAACGUGCACAGGCAUGUGGAAUUGAUGUCAAUACAAUAUCAAUAUCAACCUAUAUUGAUUCUAUCAGAUAUGGUCCGGCUGGUCCUCAUGGUGGCUUAGGGGCUGGACUUGAGCGUAUGGUGAUGCUGUUCUGUGGCCUGGAUAACAUUCGCAAAACUUCACUUUUCCCUCGUGUCCCUCGAAGACUUGCCCCCUGAUGAUGUUCUAGGGCAGUGCUUCAGCAGGAUUCCUUAUUUUUUGCUUUGAUCUUUGAAAAA